AGCUACAUGUGGACGCGCGAAUAUUCCGUUUGUAAAAUGGCGGUGUGAGUGUGCGGCCUGCUGCUGCUGAGAUUCCCGCGAACAUUAUUUCAGACAUUCAACAUUGUGCGUUCGGCGCGAACUGCUGGCGGGAAACUCUGUAUGUGUUUGUAUUUGACAGUUAAGUUGUGAUGGCCAAGCGUAUUGCAGAAAAGGAGCUGACGGACAGAAACUGGGAUCAGGAAGAUGAAGGAGAAGAGGCUGGAAUGUUUUCAGUUGCAAGUGAAGAUGUGAUGAAAAAUCGUGCCAUCAAGAGGGCGAAGCGUCGUAACGGGGGCACAGAGGGAGAGAGUGGAGGGGCUUUUAAAGUGUUUAAGGGUUUCUCGCUGACCCCAGCUGCAGCAGGGGCAACAUUAUUCUCUGGUUUUGGUAACAGAGAUGGAUUCAAACCUCUCUCCAGCCUGACCAAUGGCAGCAUGGCAUCCGUUGCUCCAUCCUUCGGAGGUUUUAACACUCCUACAUCUGCUAAGACCAACAGCGGUCAUUUAACGUUCAACAGCCCCCCCCCCUCCAAACCCACAGAUGCUGAUGUCACGUCUAAUGGCUCUGCCCCCAGCAGUAAAGAAUAUAACCGCCAGCUCACCGCCCUCAACUGCUCCGUACGCGACUGGAUCGCCAAGCAUGUCAACGACAGCCCCCUGUGUGACCUCAAUCCCAUCUUCCGCGACUACGAGCGGCACCUGGCCAGCAUAGAGAGGAAAUAUGGCAGUGGUGCAUCAGAUGGCAGCACAGAGAGCGUGUCAUUUGAGGGGGAGCAGAAACAGCUUGUGUCGAGUAGCGCAGCAGCAGGUGUUACUGCGACCGUGUCUGGCAGCAGCACAUCUCCACCGCUCUUCUCAUUUAAGGACAAGGAUGGCGCCAACGCAGAGAAACCAGCAGCAGCGCAUGCGCCAGACACUAUUCCUGCUGGCGUCUCCUUUACUUUUGGGCAGAAGGUGGACAGCUCUGUGCUUGGCACGCUGGCGUCUAGUGGAGCUGCGUCUUUCUCUUCCUCGGGGGCAUCUGUGUUUGGAGCCACGGUUAGUAGCGGCAGUCCUGCAGUGUCAUCUUCUCUUAAUGCGGGCAGCAACAGUCAGACUGCAGAUGAGAAUGGAAAAGAAUCAGAUGAGCCGCCCAUUCCUGUGGUUAAAGAAAUCAAGGAGAAAGACGCUUUCUACUCUAAAAAGUGUAAGUUGUUUUAUAAGAAGGACAGUGAGUUUAAGGAGAAAGGAGUUGGUACGCUGCAUUUGAAGAUGGUAUCUGAGAAUAAACUACAGCUGUUAGUGCGAGCUGACACCAACCUGGGAAACAUCUUGCUGAACAUCAUGGUGCCUUCCUCCAUGCCUUGCUCACGAACUGGCAAAAACAAUGUGAUGGUGGUAUGCGUGCCAAAUCCUCCAGUGGACGAGAAGAAACCCAGCACACCUGUUCCAGUGCUCAUACGUGUCAAAACGGCAGAAGACGCAGAUGAACUGCAUCAAAUCCUGCAGGAGAAGAAAGCCUGAACUGUCUCUGCCCGUCCUCAUGUAUCGUGUGUUUGAAUGAGACUCACAAAACCUGGUUACGUUACACACACACACCUUACUCUUGAGUUUACUCGCUCUAUUGCAUCUAAAACAGCUCUCUUGCGUCAGCGUUAAUCACAUCUACUGUGAAAUCACUCAUGGUCCUACUGUAACGCUGGUUUAAGUUGUAUUUUAUUUUAUAUAUAUAAAGUGAAGCGUAUCAGUGUAUUAUCACACACUCGAGUCUGGAUUGAUGAUCAUUCCUUUUUGAUUUUUAAUUUAGCUGCUAUUUAAAGUAAUGGUUCACCCAAGAAUGAAAAUCUGUCAUCAUUGACGCAUCCUUAUGUAGUUCCAGACCAGUAUGAACUUUCAUCUGCUGUUGAGCAUGAGGAUGUCAGUCAAGCUCCAAAACUUCAGAAGUCAUGUAAUUGCAUUGUCACAAACAGACCCCAUUUUUAAGUCUCUAUUAGCUGAAAAUCGUAGUAACCAAGCGCAGUGUGCCAUUUUUAAUAUUCUGGAUGUGAGUGUGGUAAAACGCAAGAUUAUCAUGAACAGACCCAAAGGUAAGUUAUCAUAUGAUUACAGGAGUUUUGGAAUAUGGCACAAAUCAAAUGUACUACUUUUAUGGUGUACUUAAGAUCUUUUUUUUUUUUUUUUGUGGUCACUUAUAAACUGUGAAUUAAUUUUCCUUAGAAAAAAGUAAAUCAUACAGGUUUGGAACAACACAAGGGUGAGUAAAUAAAGACCGAAUCUUCUUUUUUGAGUGGUGUGUUCCUUUAAGGGAUUAAUCAAAGUGCAGACGGCGCAGACUGUUUAAUGUGGAUCGCUUUGAUUCAGUUUUAAUUCUUGGAAAUUUUUCUGAACAUAUUGGAUCUGUAAGUAUGGAUUGAGUUCUGUACAGUUUUCCAGGGUUUAGAGGUCAGUAUUAAACAUUGUAGAUCAUUAAAUCUUGAUUUGCUGGUAUUUGUUUUUUCCAGUUGAGAAUAAUAUGCAUCAGAAUAGUUAUAUUGCUGUAAUCAAAUUUAAUUGCCCACAGUUUUUGAUCUGAGAAAAUCAGAUGUACCCAGUUCUUUUUCCUGUUGCUGUGUUUGGGGAACUUGCUGUGUUUGUCAAUAUUUAUUGGAGAUGAGGAUUUUGCGUGAAUUAUAUGAACCCUGUAAAUUACUCCUCGCCCUUGAAUGAUCUGAUGUAUGUAAAUGAGUGAUCGGUGGCUUUAUGGCAAUCUGUCUCUAAAAUGAUCUCCUAAAUUAGUUUCCUUUAAGUGACCUUUUUACUGCCUUACACAUUGAGGUGUGUGUUUCAAGUGUUGAACAGCACUAAAUCUAUCUUACAUUCUUUGAGUGGUGAAUAAAUCAAAUGAACCUGACAAGUGACUUGUUUUAUUUGCAGCAUGUUUUAUUCAAAAGUCGGCUUAUGCGAGACUAAGCUCAACCAUUCAACCCUGUUAUCGAAGUUACUGUAAGAAAUCAAAUUUUCCAU